CACUCCUUCAUCUUCUUAAACAUCCGUGCUCUUCUGUCCUCUCUAUACCACCCCCACAUGAUCACCAUCUCUCAUUUUUCUUCAUCAUAAAUACCAAACCCCCCUUCCAUUCCAAGGCUCCAAAUCAAAUCAAAUCCAAUCCAAUCCAAUUCACAAAAAUCUGUUUUUCUUCUCUCUCUCUUAUCCAAAUCCAAAUUCAAAUCCAACCCAGAGAGGAUUCGGGGGGAGAAAUGGCAAUCAGAUCAAAAUCAAACAAGCUAACACAAGCGGCACUGAUCAAGCAAAUCGUGAAGAGAUGUUCAAGCUUAGGCAAAAUCAAGGCAGCAGGAUCAUCAUAUGAUGGUGAUGAUCAAGAAGGAGAUUAUAACUUCCCUGUUGACGUACCAAAAGGCCAUUUUGCAGUUUACGUUGGAGAGAACAGAACCAGAUACAUAGUGCCCAUUUCUCUUUUAAAUCAUCCAGAAUUUCAAUUCCUUUUACAGAGGGCGGAGGAGGAAUUCGGUUUCAAUCAUGAUAUGGGCCUUACUAUUCCUUGUGAAGAAGUUGUCUUUCGAUCCUUAACAUCAAUGCUUUUGAGAUGAUCCAUCUCAAUUCAUUUCAUUUCAUUAAAACCUAGCUAGCUUAGAUUUAAUAAUAAUUAGUUGCAUGCUUUUCAAGUUUGUUUCGAGAAGAGAUAUGUAUGUAAGAUGAAGCGCCGCCGCCGCCGCCGCCGCCGCCGUAGUAAUCAGCCGGCCGCAGCUGCUGCUUCUCUUUUUUUUAACAUCUUUCUUCGUUAUAUAUAUAAUUGUUCUAAUU